ACAGGGACUGUGCUGUGGGGAGGGGAACCUCUCUGCUGUUGGUCCCCCUCCAAAGCUGGGAAUGCUCAUGCCCUUCCCCAGUGGCGAAGAGACAAAAAAAUAAUGGUCCAAGCCUCAGGAGGUGUUGCAGAACCUCAACCCAUGAUGGCAUCAGCAGGAAGCUGUGGGGAAGAAGCAGAGCCCAGAAGGGAGGAGAGGGGUGACAGCUGCAGGGCGGAAGCAAAUCCUUCAGCUCCAGUGGGCUUUGAGAGAGGCAAAUUUAAGACAACCUUGACAACACCUGUGGCAGCACCCCAGGACUAGUGCAGUGUAGAGUGCUGUGGUUUAGAGAUGAUGGCUAUCACCAGAGUGGCAUGGGCAGCUGGGGGAGCAGUGCCUCUCCUGCCACAGUGGAGAUAUCCAUGCCCCCUGCUUUCCUUUUGGGUUAGCCCAGAACUUCCAAAUUCCUAGCUGCCAACGGGUAAAACCUUAAGUCAGUGUCAAUGGUUUUUUUACAAAAACCACAAACAAAAGAAACCCCCAAAUUCACCUUCCCUCUGCACUCUCCCAUCCCCCCAAACCCUCAGACCAUGAAGUUUCCGGCACAGCUCACUUCUGCUGAGCACAGGAAAAGCGAAACGGCGGCAGCACCCUUGUGCUGGAGCUGUCCGUGCGGCCGCCGCGCCAGCCAGGAGGGAAGAUGUCAGACUCGGAGGGGUGCCAGGAGGGUGCGGAAGGUGUGAGCCAAGUGGGAGAUGAAUCCCCUGGGGAGAGCGAGAGGCUGACAGCACAGUGGAGCGUGGAAGAUGAGGAGGAGGCAGCAAGAGAGCGGCGGCGGCGGGAGCGGGAGAAGCAGCUGAGAUCCCAGGCAGAAGAGGGCUUGAAUGGCACUGUCUCCUGCUCAGAGAGUGCGAGUCCAGCACAGGAAAACCACUAUGACUUUAAGCCAUCCGGGACUUCGGAGCUGGAGGAAGAUGAGGGGUUCAGUGACUGGUCCCAGAAGCUGGAGCAGCGCAAACAGAGGUCUCCGCGACAGUCUUAUGAAGAAGAGGAUGGUGGUGUGAGGGAAGCAGAAGGCAAACUGGAGCAGCUUCAGCUGGAUCGGGAAAGCCCGGAGGAGAUCCGGGAGGAGAAUGCAGUUAUCAAAGAGGAAGAAAGGUUGUGUCAGGAGGAAGAACAGGCCCAAGAGCAGGAGGAAGGGGAGCAAGCCAAGCAAGAGGAAAAGAAGAGAAGAAGAAAUGAGGAAGAAGAAACACCGGAGAAACGCCAGAAGGCCCCAAGCCUUACCAGCCUGGAAGAGGAGGAGCUGUGCUCUGACCACACUGCAGUGUGCUCCACGAAGAUCACGGACAGAACUGAGUCGCUGAACCGCUCAAUACAGAAAAGUAACAGCAUAAAGAAGACUCAGCCUCCCCUCCCUGUGUCAAAGAUUGAUGACAGGCUGGAGCAGUACACACAGGCUAUUGAGACAUCCACAAAGGCUCCAAAACCUGUCCGGCAGCCCUCUCUUGACCUUCCCACCACAAGCAUGAUGGUAGCCAGCACAAAAAGCCUCUGGGAGUCUGGGGAAGUCACAACUCAGUCUGCUGUGAAGCCCUCUGCUUGUAAGGAUAUUGUGGCUGGAGACAUCGUGAGUAAAAGAAGUCUUUGGGAACAGAAGGGCAAUCCCAAACCUGAGAGCAGUAUCAAGUCCGUUCCUUCUGGCAAAAAGUAUAAAUUUGUUGCAACAGGCCAUGGCCAGUACAAGAAGGUGUUGAUAGAUGACACUGCAGAGCAAUAGUAUGCCUGGAGAACUCAUUAACCAGCUGAGCUUGGUCCUGGUUCGAUGCAACCCUCAAUGCCACUAUUUCCUCUGCUCCACAGAAGAUAAUUGAAGGAUGUUUCUCUUCUGGCUGAUGUCAGUCUGCUUUGGUACAGCCUGACUCCUCUUGGGGUGUGAGCAAUACCCCACACUGCCUUCAGAUGGAAGAAAGGAACUAUAUCAGCUGGCAAAAUCUAUCUCUGUUUUAACCUUCUAUGUGAUUCUUUGGCUUUUUUUUUUUUUUAUCUCUCUCUGCUAUGGAGAUGGGAGGCUGUGGCUCUGUUCCCUCUCUUCUUAAGUGUUGGAAGAGAGUGAUCUGCUGCCCUGCUGAGCAGGCAAGGCUUUUGCUAUGUGAUGAUUUUCUCCUUUUGUGGCCCGUGGUGGCAGAGAGAGAGCUCAACAGUAACCUGGUAAAAGAAUUGGUGUUUGAAAGGAGGGCAAUGGGCAGAUUGUGAGUGUGAGAAAACUGCACAGAGAGUGCAAGGACCACUUGUCACCCUGUUGGUGCCAGCUGUGGGUAAGGUCUUCCCCUGUUUACAAUGCAGCUUCUGUCCCUCUACAACAUCUGUUUUGAGGGACUUCCAUCUGUUGGUUUCUCUGUGUACAUCAAAUCACUUUCAACUUAGUCCUGUUUUUUUUUUCUUUAGUUCCCAGAUCAUCCUUUAGUCACAGUUACAUACCCAUGCCAAAAUGUUCCUGCCACUUUUCUGUCUCAACAGUGGCAAUAGCAGCUUUGUUUCAAAUAGCUGCUACCUAUAGAAGAUGGGUUGGAGGUCUCCUUUCCCAGGCGUGAGGAGUGCUGACCACUGGUAUUAUCUCCCUUCUCUGGGAAAGUGCAAAUUAGCUCCUAGGGCUGUUUCUGAACUCUCCCACUCCUUCAUACUUCGUGGUGUUAACAUGUCCCCCAUCCCCUCUUUAAAAUCUUAUUCCUACUCUCUCCCAUGUCAACAUAAUUUUGCAAGUUGUUUCUGCUCUCCUGGAGGGAGGACAGCUUGUCUCUCCUCCUGCGUCAGUGUGCUUUCUGCUUAAAUUUUGUGCCUCCUGAAUUUUCCUUUUUUUGUAAGCAUUUAAUAAAAUUUGAAGAUGAUGUUGUAA